CUAGUAAAGAUACUGAUGUCGCCUUUGGAAGGAGACUCCGUGUUUGCAGAUCUGUUGGAGCCCCGGCCGUGGACGGGCAUGGCGAUUAGGGCUUGUCUACGGGUCUUCACCCUCCUCCUCCUAUCUACGUUCUCAUCGGCGCUUUACGAAGACCAAGUCGGACUGGCAGAUUGGCAUCAGAAGUACAUUGGAAAAGUAAAACAUGCUGUAUUCCACACUCAAAAGACAGGGCGAAAACGUGUUGUAGUAUCUACUGAAGAGAAUGUUUUUGCAUCUCUUGAUCUCCGUACAGGCAAUAUAUUUUGGAGGCAUGUUCUUGGAAAAGAUGACCAAAUUGACCAAAUUGACAUUGCUCUUGGGAAAUACGUUAUUACUCUUUCCUCGGGAGGGAGCAUAUUAAGGGCAUGGAACCUUCCUGAUGGUCAAAUAGUAUGGGAGGCCAUCCUUCAAGAAUCGACAAACACAGAAUCUUUCUUGUAUCUUCCAUCGAACAUGAAUACCGGAAAAGAUAAUUUGAUUCUUGUAUUUGGUGGAUCUUCAAUUUAUGCUGUAUCAAGCAUCGAUGGUCAAGUUGUUUGGAGAAAAGAAUUUUCUGUCAAUGACUUAGCAAUUCAGCAUGUUUCUCGGUCUCAAGAUAGUGAUACCAUUUAUGCUUUAGGAUUUGUUGGUUCCUCUGAAUUUACUGCAUAUCAUAUCAGUUACAAAACUGGGGAGGUGCUGCAGCAAAUCAGAAAUUCUUAUAAAGGUGGUUUUUGUGGUGAAGCAUCUCUUGUUUUUGAAGAUAUGAUUGUUGCAUUAGAUGCAAGCAGAUCGGCCUUAAUUUCCAUAAGCUUCAAAAAUGGAAUUAUUGAAUUCCAUCAGAUGCACUUCGUCGAUCUUGUUCCUGAAUUUGUUGGAAAGGCUAGAUUAUUGCCUCCCAAGCUCAAUGGCAUGCUUGCAAUCAGUACUUCAUCAUCAAUCAUUCUGUUAAGAGUUAAAGGCAUUAAUCAGCUGGAGGUUGCUGAAAAAACUAACCAUCCAUCAGUCAUAAUAAGUAAUGCUCUCUCUCUAUCAAAGGAACAAGAAGCUUUUGCAAUGUUGCAGCAUGAUGGAUCUAGAAUUAGCUUAAAGGUGAAAUUUAAUAAUGAUUUGACAAAUGAGAUUCUUAAGGAAACCUUACAGUUGGACAGUCACAGGGGAAAUGUCGAGAAGGCUUUCAUUAAUAUUUAUACUCGAACUGAUAGAACUCAUGGCUUUCGGGUAUUGGUAAUUAUGGAAGAUCACUCACUAUUAUUGGUACAACAAGGGGAGAUUGUCUGGAGUAGGGAAGAUGGGCUCGCAUCUAUUGUUGAAUCCACUACAUCUGAAUUGCCUGUUGAGAAGGAAGGUGUUUCAGUUGCAAGGGUGGAACACAACCUUUUUGAGUGGCUGAAGGGCCAUUUUCUCAAAAUCAAAGGUACGCUCAUGCUUGCAACUCCUCAAGAGGUGGCUGAAAUACAAGCUAUUAGGCUAAAGAGUUCUCAGAAAAGUAAGAUGACACGAGAUCAUAAUGGAUUUAGAAAGCUAAUUAUUGUGCUAACUAGAGCUGGGAAAGUUCUGGCAUUGCACACUGGAGAUGGUCGUGUUGUUUGGUCCGUCUUACUUUCCACUUAUCAUAGAUCUGAAACAUGUAGAAAUCCUGCUGCUUUAAGUCUAUUGCAGUGGCAGAUUCCUCAUCAUCAUGCAAUGCAUGAGAAUCCAAGUGUCCUUGUAGCUGGGAGAUGUGGGCAUAGCUCUGAUGCACCUGGUUUCUUCUCAAUAAUUGAUUCUUACACUGGGAAAGUACAGAAGUCUUUAAUGCUUGAGCACUCUGUGAGACAGAUAAUGCCUUUGCCUUUAACAGAUUCUACAGAACAACGCCUCCAUCUGAUAAUAGAUGCGAACUUAGAUGCCCAUCUAUACCCAAGAACAUCUGAAUGUUUGAAAAUUUUCCACCAUGAGAUUCCAAAUACUUACUGGUAUUUGGUUGACAAAGAACAAAACAUAAUUAGAGGAUAUUCACUUGAAAGCACUGAAAAUGAGUUUGUCUUUCGGGCUAAUGAAUUAUGGUCCAUUAUCAUUCCUUCUGAGUCUGAGAAGAUUGUUGCAACUGCAACAAGGAAAAUGAAUGAGAUAGUUCAUACUCAAGCAAAGGUUACAGCAGAUCAGGAUGUGAUGUACAAAUAUGUGUCUAAGAAUAUACUUUUUGUUGCUACCGUCACUCCUAGAGCUGCUGGGUACAUUGGUUCUGCAGCACCUGAAGAAGCUUGGUUAUUUGCAUACCUAAUUGAUACUGUCAGUGGGCGUAUUCUGCACCGUGUAUCUCACCAUGGAGCACAAGGUCCUGUUCAUGCUGUCAUGAGUGAGAAUUGGGUCGUCUACCACUACUUCAAUCUUAGAGCACACAGAUAUGAGAUGUCCGUUAUUGAGAUAUAUGAUCAAUCCCGUUCAGACAAUAGAGAUGUUUGGAAGCUUGUAUUGGGAAAGCAUAAUUUGACAGCACCUAUUUCUUCAUACACUAGACCUGAUGUGAUUGUCAAAUCACAGUCGUAUUUUUUCACCCACUCUGUAAAAUCCAUGGCAGUGACAUCCACAGCAAAGGGCAUAACAUCCAAACAACUUCUCAUUGGUACAGUAAGUGAUCAGGUAUUGGCACUUGAUAAACGGUUUCUGGAUCCCAGGCGUUCUGCCAAUCCUACACCGGCAGAGAAGGAAGAAGGGAUCAUUCCGUUGACUGAUUCUUUGCCAAUCAUUCCUCAGUCUUACGCUACGCAUUCUCUUCAAGUGGAAGGCCUGAGAAACAUAGUGACUGUCCCUGCCAAGUUGGAGUCAACCACACUUGUUUUCUGCUACGGCGUAGAUCUCUUCUUCACCAGGAUUGCUCCAUCAAGAACAUACGAUUCCCUUACUGAAGACUUCAGCUAUGCUCUUCUACUCAUCACGAUCGUUGCACUAGUUGUUGCCAUUUUUGUGACAUGGUUCUUAUCUGAGAAAAAGGAGCUCAGAGAGAAGUGGAGGUGAAUUGUCUUAUACUGAUGGGUUACCCCGGUUUUCACUAGAGUAAUUUGAUCAUUUUAGUUGGAGAUUCCUGUUUACAUCUUGAUGUUACAAGAUCGAUUUUUUUUAUACGAGCCACUUACAAUGGCUAUCCAGCAGAUUCUUUAAUCUAGAAAACAUUGAAUUUGGUUUUCUGGAUCAGUAGUAACAUUUUUGUGAUCUUGAUCUUCA